GCGAAAGUCUAACACACAUAAAGGUGUAGGUUAUGAUAUUAGGUAUGCUUAUAUUAAAAGCGAUGCAUCGUGCACAGGAUCACAUUCUGUCUUGCUAUUCAGAACGGAUUCAUAGUAAUGGACUAAAGUAAUAUCAUCUUCGGACAUUCUAAUUUUUUUCCGUGACAUUACAUAUAAUCUUUUAAUUUGGUUAUCCUGAAAAUCAUUGAGUGCAUCCAGAGUCUAGCGUCUAAUACUAUUGAGGAUUAAAUUGAUUGUGUCACUCGACGCAUUCAUAACGCUUUCUUCGCACGUGGUCCGUCAUUCAGUGAUGAAAAUGCAUCGAAAAGUUCCACAAGACGCUAUCAAUUUGAACUAAAAUUGUUGAAGAGUCUCUAAGUAAAAACGGAAGAAAUUAACAUUAUUGGGGCUGUUAAGUGAAUGCAUUAAGUGGAAUCAACGUAGUCCCAGAAUCAAGAGAAAAAAAAAACCCCGAAAUAUUUCUAAGGUAAAAAGAAACUCACAUACAGGAAUUAGAUUAUUUAACAUUGACCUUCUUGCGGGAUGUGAAGAUCGGCACCCUUUGAAUUUAGAGAAGCGUUUUUAUUGACAAACUAGCAUUUAACCUAGUGAUUUCCAAGUACUACCGUGAUAGUCAUGUAACACGAUUCAAUUUGAAUAACUUGGGACUUAUUUAAAGGAUAAUUUAAACGUUUUGUGACAUAUUUCACAUCCUUAGUGUAAUGAUGGAUUAUUCUGAAGAUGAUAGAAUGGGCCUCAGUCCUAUACCGGUCAAGUGGUCAGAAUCAGCGGCGCAUCACUGCAGAUCUGGUAUCGAAAAUCGUCACAGUUUCCAGCACACUUUACCGAGGUGUUCUCAAGACGACUCCGUAGUUUCGUAUGGACAUUACGAUGCGUUAACUAGAAAAGACAGGUGUUUCAGAUGUUGUGAUAGGGAGAUAGAAAAGAAAUUCUGGUCAAACAGUUCCUGCAAUACCCUACCUAGCCAUCACAGAACAAAUGAAAAGUCUAUAGGAAAGUGGAUUUCAUUUAUACAGAGUUCUAAAAUGCUUCGUCUUGGAGGAAGGUUCCUUGUGGUGCUUGUGUUUGUGUCUGUAUUAGGAAUUAUAUUCGGACGUUCUUCAUCAGCAAGAGUUAGUGACUCGGACAAAAUCCAUCUUGGGGAAGAAGCAAAAUUAGUAAUGCAUAAAAUACAACCAGUAAAAAUGAGAGUAUUUCAUCAACACGCCAAGAAUGUAUCUAAAUACCAUUUGCACAAUUAUCAUGACAUGUUAAGGAUAUUUUUCAAAAAUCCGAAUGUAAGUGACAGAGAGAUAGACUUGUUUCUUCGACGAAAGACAUUGGAGGACAUUUUACCGGAAGAAGGAUUCUCCAAACGGGAUUAUGAUUAUGUGAAUGACGAAGCCGACUAUGAAGAAGAUCAGUUAGACUUAGCCGACCAAGCCACACAGCAUUACGCACAUGUGUUGGAUCACCCGUAUUCAUCAUGCCAUGAACCAAAACCGGAAGUGAUUUACAUUCCACCGGAAGGACAUAAAAAGUUUAUUCCGGAAUAUACUAUCCUUCAUCGAUGUAGGAAUACUACCGGGUGUUGCUGGGACAAAUCUCAGACUUGUACCGUUAGAAACCUUGAAAUCGUCACACGGACUUUCUUCGUGGUAGACAUGCUCUCUGAUGAUACAAUAACACCGGACGAGGCGGAGCAGCUUUACCUGGAAAACCAUACAUCUUGUCAUUGCCAGCUCAUCAACCCACAGCCCGGAUGUGACCAACAGUGUCCAAGUCCAUUCCGAAAGGUCCGCACGGGAGAUACCUGCACGUGCGACUGUCCUCACGACCGACUGCAUUGUGUUGAGAUCAAAUGGGGAAUUGAAGCUUUGAGCACAGAGAGUUUUAAUUGUGUAAAAGAGCAACGCUGUAUGGCUCCAAAAUGCCAGGAAGGACAGUUCGAUAUGAGGAAAGGAUUUUGUCCGGGAACCAAUGAGGCGUAUCCUUACAGGACACGGCGGGAUGUCCAUAGCUUAUGUUGUGUCUCUGUGCAGAUUAAGGAUCUGGAUGGCAUGGCAGAACCAGAUGUCUCACAGAUAGGGCUGGACAUUUUCAGUGAAUUCCUGGAGGUGGCUAUCCACAGUAUUCUAUACAACAGAGAAUUGUACCCUGCUGGAGUGUUCGAGAGGAGAAAGAAGUACAAUGUCCCGGUGCAAAUGUGUGUUCAUCCCGAAGUCGCGCAGUACAUCACUCAGGUUGUGAAUGGUGUAUCAGAAUUCAAUUCUCAUGGUCAGUUGGAAAAGGUUGCCAUAGUAGUAUGUAACAGUGAUUCACAGCCCUUAGAGAAGUUUAUUCUGGAGAUCAAUAGACCCCCAGCAUCUCAACAUCAGCAGGCAGACAGAUAUCUGUACCAGCUGGAGCAGUCUCUGAGGUCCUUCUUGCUGAAGAUAAACAUGGCGGACUCCUUACUGAAGCCGCUUCCUUCCGACUGCACGUGGACGGUCCAUGCCACCACUUGUGAGUCCGCAGCAGCCAGAGUGUUUGAUAAAAAUUUAGAGGAAGACUUUCCUUGGUUAGAGGCUUCAGAGCUAGAGACAACGAUGGCGAAUACUGCCAUCCUCCCUCUGAAAUCGACCACUUCUCCUUACAUAAACAUGCAAAUGUAUGUGCAGGAAACUAACGAGCCUAAAGGCAGCUGAUGUUCCGGUGUAAUGUGCUACCUCGGAAAAAAUUCGAGAAACACUGCACAGAUAUUACUGUUGUGUUCAAGGAAGAGGAAUGCCUUCAGUGCCUUUCACUUAUUUUAUUGUUCAGAUGUACCAAAAAUAAUUUAUGUACAUACAUGUAUAUGCAUAUUGAAAUUUAUUUUAUUUAAAAGUAGUGGUUGGUGAAGAAUAUAA